AUGAUGUUCGACCUCAAGUUUGGCAUCCAAGGCGAAGACUUGCCCAUCAAACUCGCCUUCGACAACAUCGUGUUUGACAACUACUUUAAGACUGCCCUCGACCCCAAACAACGCCUAACCGUCGACGAGGCGUUUGGCUCCAGGUCCGUGUCCCCUGCCCAAGUUGAGCAAUUAUGUGCUGAAUACGACGACGUCGGCGACGCGCUUGCGGCGCUCACCAACCUGUAG